UUAGCUUUUCUGCUGCUGCUUCUCAUCUCUCGAAUGGAAGAAGUCGGAUGGGAAAAGAACAAAAUUAACGUACUUGAGUGUUUGCCGAAGUAAAUGAAGGAUGCUAUGUCACUGUCUCGGUAGUGUUGCUUCCAGGGGGAGUAAAGUGGUUGGAUUCUCUAUAUUUGCUUUGGAUGGUUGCUAUCAUCCCUUUCUGGUUGAGUUUGAAACGUACGAUAAGUUUUUAAUGGGAUCUUGCAGUCAAAUGGGGAGUGGAAUGGAGAGUAGAAGCAGAAUAGCCUGCUACGUUACGUAGGUCUAUUAAUAUCUGCUGUCCUCUUGUCAAUACUGUUCGCUCAUUACGAUGCAGAUUUACAAUUUCUGCCUACUCUGCAGCAGAACAUAAAUUGAAUGUGUUUUUUUUCUGGAGAAAAAGAUAUAGAGCAUAGGGUGCAAGCAGUCGCGGUGGCUGUACCGGAGAACUCGAAGGCGGACACGUUCGCGGAACGGGCGGAGAACUACUACCAGAGGCGGCCCCAACUCAUCGCCCUCCUCCACGACCUCCAUAACCGGUACCACUACCUAGCCGACCGCUACUCCCAGUCCCUGCUCCACCGACAUCAACGUCGCACAUCCUCCGUUCCCUCCGACCUCGACGCCGAUGACGAUCAUGAUCUGCGGGACUCCGCUUACUCUGACGCCGAGAGCUCCCUCUCCUUCCAACCGUUGGCUGGCCAGCCACAACCGCUGCGCCGAGGUACGCCCCCCGCUGUCGCCGCCGCCGACGACCUGGACAUGAUCGUGGCGCAAAUGGUGCUGGCGUCGGUGGAGCGGGAUCUGCUGGAGGCGGAGAGCGCGGAGGCAGAGCGGCGGCUGGCCGAGUCGGCGCGCAAGAUCGAGCUGCAGGGGAGCCUGGUGGAGGUGCUUGAGGCGGAGCGGAUGGUGCUUCUGGGGGAGAAUUCGCGUCUGGGCUUCCGGGCGGUAACCGCGGAGGAGGAGAUGCGUGCGGUGGCGGCGGAGCUCGGUUACUUGCGGCGGCGGGGUGCGGACCUGGCGCGGACGGUGGUGAAGCUGCGGGAGGACCACCGUGUGUGUCUCAUGGGGCGGACGAUCGAGGGUCUCCAAGCGCAGAUCUACGAGCUGGAGCAACGGAACCGGGAGUGCUUCGAGGCCAUGGCGCGGCGGGAGAAGGAAAAGGGGGAGGCGCGGGCGGAGGUGAACCGCCUGCGCGAUGAGAACCGCCGGCUGAGGGAGGAGGCGGAGGCGGCCCGGGGUGGUCGGCCGCGGGCUCGCAGCUUGUGGGAGCGGGUAAGUAUGUUGGAAUGGGCCUCUUCCCCAUGCGUUCCGCACGUGAAGCAAGCAAAGGGACUCAAAGGCUGCCUCGGCUAAUAAUAUUGAGCCCUUUUCAUGCUUCGUUUCUUUUUGCCUUACGUUAUCGCGUAGACUGUAUAGAGUCGUAACGUGAUGCAGUUCUGCUAUGGAAUUGUCCACUUUGGCUAAA